CGCCCAAACACAAUACCUCCAGUUUGCUACCUUUCCUCAAACACCUAGCUAGCUAGCGGCGAUACAUAACGAUGAACAACCUCUUCUUGCUCUCCGCCUUGGUGGCCAUCAUUGUGAGUGCGAUGAUCGCCGGUAAAGCCACCGCGGCGGCGGAACCAAGGUGCGGUGCUUAUAAGAAAGCAUCGCAGCCCUGCAUGGCCUAUGUCCAGGGGAGCGCCGAAACCAUCCCUCAGGCGUGUUGCGAUCGGCUCAAAGGGUUUCUCGACGAUGCCAAAACGGAGAAGAGGAAGAAGAUAGCUGCCUGCAAAUGCGUCGCCGGUUCUGCUAGUAACCCCGCCUACAAGGAAGGUCGUGUUCAGAAAGUUGCCGACGCCUGCGGAUUCAAACUCCCACCGGCGGACUACGACUGCGACAGCCUGUGAUUGAGAAGAGGCGUUCUAGCUAGCUGAAACAAAUUAAGCCAGGAGGAGGGCAGACGAGGAAUUAAAGAUGAUCAUGUAU